CCAGAAUUUUAAUUCAAAUCUCACUCUCUCUCUCUCAGUACCCAAAAAGGCAGAGUGCAGCAGCAGCGCAUUCUGUGCGGACGAAAAUGGAGUCGUUGAGAGCGAUCUGCGAAAGAGAGGUCCCAAUUGAGCUGCAGAAAAUUGAUUCCUUCACAGCUUCAGUUGGUCAAUCUCUGGAUUCCAUUAAUUCUAUAGUUGAACAAACCCUACAAAAUCAAGGGAAAUUAGGGAAGAUGAAAUCUAGCUUGCGUGAAGCUGAGGAUGAGUUUGUUAAAGUGCUAGCAGUGAAGACUCGUAAGGAAGCUAAGCAGAUGGCAAUCAGGGAUUCCAUAUCUGCUACAAGAGCUAGAGUAGAAGAACUUAAAAGAACUGUCCAAGUUCAGAGGGCUAAGAGGGAUGAAUAUGCAACAAUUAUCUCCCAUCAAUCUAUUGAUAAGGGAAACCAAGGAAUUGAACAUAAAGAAGAAAUUCAAGAAGCAUUGUCAUGGUAUAAUAAGGUUCUUGGUUUCUACAUUGAAGGGGGACGAGGGGUGAAGUUCACAUUCAACAACAUCAAUAUGAGAAAUCCAUAUGAGGAGUACACUUUCACUGUUCGGCAUGAAAAUGAUACAUAUACUUUGCUGGCUUGUGAUCCCCACUUGAAUGACACCAAAGAGUUGAUCAAUGAGUUGAAUAAAACCAAUGGCUUAUUCAAAUUUGUCAGAACAAUGAGAGAGAAGUUUCAAGAAGUUGCAUCACUUGGAAUCUUGCCUCAAUCUACAAGUCUUCAUCAAGAGUCUGCCACAAUAUCUGUGUCUGCUCCAGUUUUGUCAGUUUCAACUGAGAGAAGUGUAUCUCCAAUGAAGGAAAAUGAGCAUUCAUAUGAAGUCAAGAAGCAGUCCAAGAAAAUUAAUCUUGGAAGAGGGGCUAACCAAGCGCUUUUGUCGCCUCGUCGGUCUCCUCGAUUUGUAAAGAUCAAGCUAUAUGCAUAAUUCUGAUAAAAAAGAUAUUGAAAAAUAUGGCAGCGCAAGGAGUGAAGUUGAAGUGAAGCCGGUUGUAUUCUCGGCUAGUUUGGCAUGUGUUAUGUUUCUAACUUGCUCAGCUAGCAUAGUUUCUUACUCAAUUGCAUAACAUGGGAGAUGUUCUGCAUGAACCUGAUUUCUGUACAUUAGAGGGCUUGAUCGGAUGGCACUGGAGGAGCUGUACUAAUCAACUACUGUUGUUUCUCAGACAGUUUAUAUUGUACUCCUGUAAUGGAGUGACAUGAUGAGAGAUACUGUAGAGAACUGAUCCUGAUAAUUUUAGAUUGUGUCACUAGAAGCUAGAAGUUACAUUAUUGUCGAUCCCAUCUGUUGAUUGUAACUUUCAAUUUUUUUUCUUUAAUAUAACGUGCGAAAAUUACUUUUCCUCUGGAAAGAGAAUGUACAGAUGCUUAAAAAGGUUUAUUUUAAUAGGGGCCUAUUUACACCAUGUUUAACUA